UUACAAGGUGGCGCUAAAGAUAGUAUAAAUCUUCCUGCUUCGAGCUUACUGCGUUUGUGCAACUAGCGAAAACGAUCAAUAACAGUAGCAUUCGGGUAGUAAAGCGUUUCACUGAAGUUGAUAGUAUUGUAUUAAGAAGUGAAAAUAAAAGCUAAGACAUGACGGUGUUUACUAAACCAUUGGAUAUUUGUGAAAAACCUAUAAUUAUAAAUACACCUUAUGUCCAAGGAAGUAGUCGCAGCGAGUCCCGAGUGGACCUACCUGAGCAGGAUUUUUACCCUCACCCUACGCAAACUGUAAAGGCAUUGAUGUAUCUUUUGAUGUCGGUGAUUGUGCUUCUCGCUUUGGGAGUGACUUCAAUCAUUGUGAUGCUUCGGCAGUAUAAGUCUGGCUACAACAACUACCAGGCCUUCUGCCACAUUCCUGUGCCAAGAGAUUUCACUGAGAGGAUGUCAGAUGGCCACUACCGCGCCCUACCCGUUACUUGGUCAUCCAAGCCAAUGCUCCAAAUUAUCAGCACCAUCGACGAACCAGAGAGUGAUGAUAUCAUGGAUAUGCUGAACGAGGAGCUGGAUAUUGGAGAUUCUGUGGAGAAGAUCGCGGUUGUUGACAAUGGACGCCGAGUUGACUUCAUCCAUGACUUUAGUGACAAUGUUACUGGUAUUGUUGAUGCUGAGCGUUGUUUCGUGAUGGACCUGGAGCCUGAAAUCGUUAUGCCCCCAGACCUAUUCGUAGCUGGACUCACAGCUCGAGAUCAAUUUGACGUGUCUAAGGUUCGCACCCAUUUGCGUGCUGCUUUGCCUGCUAUCGUAGACCUCGCUAAGACUGCAAAGAAGAUGGCCGAAACCUGCUUCGCUAGACCUGCCUACCGUCUUUAUCGCGACGAUAACAUCAUUGAGAAGCGUUCAACAGCCCAGCCUCAUGAUUACAUCCAGUUCUCCGGGAAGCACGUUCAGGAGAUCAAGAUUGAUAACAUCGCAGAAAUACUCAAAUACGAGGAGAAUCUUAAGAAGAAUUAAUCGCUUUUAGUUUUCUAAAGUAGUGUUUGAAAUAAUCUUUGGUCACUUCAUGAGUUUGUUUUAGUCAUUGUUAACAGUGCCCCAAAUGUCCUACAGGAUUCGCUUGCGGCACUAUACAAUUUGACAAUAAAUUCAUAAUAGUUGUCACUUGACAGUUAUUGAUGGAGGGAAUUUCAUAGUUCUAAUUUCAAAUAAUUGCGUAUAUAGAACCAAUUAUUUGGAGAUAAUUAAUUGCGCAAGGAAGGCACAGUUUAAAAAUAAUGCGACACAAUUUCUAUUAGUUGCACUAAAGCGUAGGCUGGAUAUAAUAAAAAAAUAAAUGUAUAACGGAAGCCAAGAUUAUAGUAGGUAAUUUUAAUGUUAGAAUAGGUUUAUCCUUGAAUCUCAGUGUUAAAGUGGACCCUUAUCCUAUAUUAUAAAACAAUAUUAUUUUAGAAUUAUAUUUUGAUGUUGAGUAAGACUCAAAUAAUUAUAACUUCAGUAAGUAUAAUAUUUUUUCCAUAAACAACAUAAUAUCUUCAGCCAAAAUUUAAUAACCCUAUAAAAUCGCGAAAUCACUAAAAAAUUUUACGUCAGGAUAAUAAAACCGGCCACCAUUUUCAUGUUUUAAGCACAAACAAAUCAUGUAUAUAAUAAUUAGAAAUUAAGUUCUAGUCUUGAUUUUUAAGCCAAAAAUAGCAUUGUGGUAAUAUAAUUUAGUCAGUAUUCAAUUUAUCGAAAGUACUAAGAUAUUUAAGACACGAACGUAGCCCGCUGUUGUCUAAAAUAGCUUAUCUUACAUUAAUAAAAUAUCUUUUCGAUCGGUGUAAAUUUUAUACACCUGUGUGACACCUGCCAAAAAAGAUUAUUUUUAUCUCUGGUCCCAAUUGUUGUCAUAGAUUUAUUUGUUUUUAACCAGCCAGCACUAAAAUGUAUCAAGCGGUUACAUAUUAAAAUAUAAAAUUUAUUGUCGUCACGCUUUUUAUACUGUGUUUUAUUUAAUAUUAUGUUAAUUUUUAUG